CAAACCAGCGGGCGAGAUGCGCGCGCAACACCGUCCGCCCACCCGGAAGUUGCCAAGGGGCCAGCCAGCAGGCGUGAAGUGGGUCUAAAUCAGCCACUCCCCCUCGAAUCGUUUGCAGUGUUAGGAUGGAGUUUGCAACACACUGAAGUCAAGGGCCAGGCUGCAACCCCCAUAAAGAAUGAUCUCCUUCUGUCCAGAAUGUGGCAAAAAUAUUGAAUCAAACUUCAAGUUCUGUCCUUACUGUGGACAAGCUCUGCCGACAGAACAGGAUGUAGCCACAGCUUUUGUCAGGGCCCCACUUUCAUCCUUCCGAGAAAGUGGCUCGAAGAAGGUGCCCAAAGCCGCCUCUGAAGUUAUCAAGAAAAUCAAGUGGUCCAGUUCCAUCUCCUCUCCCUCCUCAUCUCUGUGCUCCGACUAUGACAAUUCUGGGUCCGAAGAUACCCUGAGUUUCUGCGAGAGAUACAGAGGCACAGGGACGAGCCCAAAGUCGCCCAAGCGGAGCCCACAGGCGGCUCGGCAGAGCCCAAAGACCUCCAAGCAGAGCCCGCAGGCCACCAGGCAGAGCCCAAAGACUCGGCAAAGCCCAAAGUCACUGAAGCGGAGCCGCCUGACUUACUCGCUGGAGGCUUUGCCAUCUGGGACACUGCUGACAGACAAGAAUGGAAAGCUCUGGAAACUGGGGUUUCUCCAGAGCAGGGACGAGCAGGGAAUUCUCUACGAAGCUGAACCAGCUAAUGUAGCUGCCUCUGAGUCCAGUGCAAGCAAAGGAAGAUUCUCUCUCAAGCUGGAUACCAAGGACGGACGCUUGUUCAAUGAGCAGAACUUCUUCCAGCGGGCUGCCAAACCUCUGCAAGUAAGCAAGUGGAAGAAACUGUACUCAGUGCCCCUGCUGGCUGUGCCCACCUGCAUCGGCUUCGGCAUCCACCAGGACAAGUACAGGUUCCUGGUGUUCCCCCAGCUGGGUCGGAGCCUGCAAUCGGUGCUGGACGACAGCCCGAAACACGUGUUGUCGCUGAAGUGCGUGUUGCAGGUGGCAUACCGGCUGCUGGACGCCCUGGAGUUCCUGCACGAGAACGAAUAUGUCCACGCCAACAUCACAGCCGACAACAUCUUCGUGAACCCAGAGGACCUGAACCAGGUGACUCUGGCAGGCUAUGGCUUCACCUUCCGCUACGCCCCAGGCGGGAAGCAUGUGGCCUACGUGGAAGGCAGCAAGAGCCCACACGAGGGGGACCUGGAGUUCAUCAGCAUUGACCUGCACAAGGGCUGCGGCCCAUCCCGCCGCACUGACCUCCAGGCCCUGGGCUAUUGUGCACUGAAGUGGCUCUCUGGGUCACUGCCCUGGACCCGGUUCCUGCCCAGCGGUGACGCCGUCAUGCAGGAGAAGCAGAAGUUCCUGGACAACCCUGAGUCGCUAACCACCCAACGCAGCCACUGGAUCAGCCCCUCUGGGCCGCUUGUCGCCCCCACAGAGACCCUGAAGAAUUACCUGCAGGUAGUGACAGGCCUCCGCUAUGACGAGAGGCCGCCCUACAGCCUGUUGAGGAGCGGCCUGGAAGCUGCACUGCAGGGGUUCCGCCUGUCGCCCUACGACCCCAUGGACCUCCGGAUGGUGCCCUAGGUGUGUAGCUGAUCAGCAUGGGGUGGCUUUCCCCUUGAACUUCUGGUCCCCAGAAAUCCCUGGCCACAGGACCUACUCAGACUGGGAAUGGGGAGGAAGAAGAACUGGCCUUGGGGCCCCAGUGAUGGUACAGCAUUGGCCUUGCAACGCGGCUGACCCGGUUGCAUCCUGAUGUCCCCUGAGCACCACCAGGAGUGAUUCCUGAGCGCAGAGCCUGG